CAACGCUGCGUGAGAAAAUUCGUGGUAGCAAAGGGCACAGGGACUCACCGAAGAGGAUACCACCAAAGGCGGCGAAUGCAGCGACACCGAUGGCAGGCAGAGCCUGGCGCACACCGGCGGGCUUGGUGAUGGGGCCGGUACCCUUGUCGAAGGUGACUGGUCCUCCGGGCAUGGUUGCGUGCGUGCGAAGGGGGUGGAGGAGGAGCGAGGAGCGAGGAGGGCUAGGUGUUGGUGAGGGAGGGAGGAGAAGGCAAGAGGGGAAGGAGGGACGAGGAAGUGUUGCUUGAUGAGAAGAGGGGGGCAAGCGUCAAGACGGCAAACACGUAGGGCGGUCUUAUAUCACUUUACUUCAGUGGUCGUCCCCGGAUACGCGGGGACAAAGAGCGCGGGGGAGCGGGCAAGAGGAAAAAACCAUGUUGGCUCUACGCGUACGCUGAGACUGCUGAGACGCCUAGCACAGCGCCUCCACGAUUGGCCAGGCCCAACACAAGGCUGCCCUGCCGCUCACCCUCACCGCCGCGGCUGGCCCUUGAUUCAUUACCGGACCUGCAGGGGCUCCAUAGUCGAGAGCGGUGGGCCAGGCUCUCUACCACCCGCAAACGAAAACGGCACCACGGCUUCGUCUUGGUUGGUCAGUCUCCUCGACACAGUGGGGAGAUGCGGGGUCCCCGAGGCUGCUCCUCAAGGUCAAAGAGAAUCUUGGUGAGCGUGUGGCGUUCUUCCUCUCAGUCUACGGUGCAGCAUAGAGAGCGUCGCAAGUCAGGGGGCGCGAGCGACAAAUGGAGACGAG